CACAAGGGGGACAGACUGAGUGAAGAGUGAGAGAGGAGUUAGGCAGGGCUGUAUAUUGUCACCAACCCUUUUUAGCCUGUAUACAGAGGAGCUAGCAGCCAGGAUGAGAAGAAUGAAUGUAGGGGUAAGUGUGGGGGAAUGAUAAAGUAUGUGUACUCCUUUAUGCAGAUGACGUAGUUGUUAUGAGUGAAUGGCAGAUGAGCUUCAAAGUUUGUUGGAUGUAGUGGAUGGCUAUGGUAAAGACUUUGGAGUAAGGUUUAGCAGUGAGAAAAGCAAAGUAAUGAUUGUGAAUAGGUCAGAGGAUGAAAGUAAUGUGAUAUGGAGACUUGGAGAGAAUGAGUUGAGACAGGUGCAGGAAUACAAGUACUCAGGGAUGUGGAUGAAUCCUAGUGGGUGUGCAAAGGCAAAGAAUGAAAAGAUAAAUAUGCUAAACCAGUGGGUAGGUCGACUGGGAAGCGCGGCAAGGAUGAGAGCAAGUAUGAUGUGUUGAGAGAAGUGUGGAAGAGUGUGGCUGUGCCAUGUAUAAUGUAUGGUAUGGAUGUGAUUGCAUGGAAGGAAAAUGAAAUUGAUAAGUUAGAAGUGGGCCAGAAUAGAGUAGCAAAGAUUGGCACUGAGUCCACCGAGGGGCACAGCAGUUGAAGCCUUGAGAGGUGACAUCGGAUGGCGCACCUUUAGGGAAAGACUCACAAAAGCCACACAAGAUUAGGCUUGAGAGAAUGGAUGAUGCAAGAAUAGCAAGGAAGGUGUACCUGUGGAAUGAAAGUGGAAGCAAAUGGAGGAAGAGAUGCAUGAGAAUGACAGACAGGAGUGGAUUACAAGUUGUGUGGGCGAUAAGAAUGGCUGGUAGGAAUCAAAAUGAGCGUGAAUGGGUGGUAACAAGAGGAGGAAGAGUGAGAGCCGAAUGGGAUGUGAGAAAAUGGAAGAAUGAGAUAGACAAAGAAGUGAAAUGUGUAGGACUGAAUGAAUGGAAGAAUGAGAUGGAAAGAAAGAAGACCCUGGAAUGGUACAAGGAGAAAGAGGCCCUGAGGUAUGAAAGGUGGUAGGAUGGAAGCCUGGGCGGUGAUCUUCUCUUCCUAGCGAGGGCACAGUGUAUGAAUGUGAAUGGAAGGAGUUACAGGUGGUCUGAGUCCCUGUGCCAGAUGUGUGACAUGGGAGAGGAUGAGACGGUGGAACAUGUGGUGCUGGAGUGUGUGAAGUAUGCCAGAGACAGGAAUGAGAUGAUGCAAGUGAUACUGACUGAGUUAGGGCAUGAUACGAAUGAAAGAGUGGAGAAGACAGGAAAGGAGUGGAUGGUGUUGUUGCUGGGACUAUGUAGAGAGGCGAGUGAAAGAAUGAUUGAGGCUGUGAAACAGUUUCUGGAGAGAAUGUGGCGUGUCAGGUGUAUGAACAAUUAGGAUAGAGGAUGCUGUUCGUUUCUCUCUUUUUUUUCCCCCCUUCUACAGGAGUUGUCGAUCCAAAUGCCUGACUCAGGAGUGAUCCUGUUCCACCUGUACCAUCAAGAUCAAGAUCAAGACAACAGUUCCCACGUGUUUACUACCACACUGCAUAGAAGUCUUGUUCUUUUCGCAAAUUUCCCAAGUAAUUCCCCACCCCGGAGGCCGCCCCCAGUACCCCAGUUCCCUGCAUCCAUGGUUGACCCGUGUGGCUCCUCUCUGGUGGUGAAAGCAAGUGACGGCAAGAUGGUGAUGGUGACCCUGCCCAACCCCCUCCAGGUACUGCCAUGCACCUUCACCACUGUCAUUACCAUCACCACCACCAGGAAAUGCACAAGGGAAAACUUGGAGGGUGUGACUGAGGGAGGGGCAGGGUGUGGGUCAGGGGCAGAAGGUGACGUGCCAGAGUUACGUCACGUUCCCCCAAAUGCAGGCCGGCAAGUUUGCUGACGUCACCAGUCGUCAGUGCACGGCGGGUGCUGCAAGGGGAACUGCAGGAGGUGGACCUGUUCAGCACCUCAUCCCUCCCUGCCCUCUCCCCUGACAGGAGCAUGCCAGACCCAGGGGUGCCCAAGGAAACGACAAGGGUUACUACCUCUAUGCAGACAAAACCUAACCAACCAGCUUAACCUGAGUCGCCCCUGGAACCGCCCCACCACAGAGGAGGAGGAGGAGGAGUAGGAGGAGGAGGAGGAGACAGUCAUGGAUGAAGGGACGUCACAGAUCAUGCACAUUUGCUUCCAUAUUGGGUGAGAGACUGCAUUGUUUGUGAAGAAGACGAGGAGGAAGAUAGUUUUUCAUCUCAAUUGCACAGAAUAUUCAAUAAUUGGUCUGUUUCAUGAAGCUCCUGUAUUGCUGAGUCAUUAGAGAGCCUUAAAAGAAGACAGUCAGAUUUAUGGAUGGGGAUGACAGGUGAAAAUAGACAGGUGUUUUUUGUACAGGGACUUCCACGUAGAUAGAGGAUCAACCUGCCAACCAAGUUGCGGUGGAAACUGGCGUACAGCUGUGCCUGAGCCUGCCGUGGACGCAUUUCCCAGCCCCCGAACUGAACGGUCAACCUGCCGCCAAUCUCAACUUCAACCAGAACAGCUCGGACACGGCUGGCCAGGACAACCACCGC